UCCAGUUUUCGAAAAUAGUCAGUCUCAAUUCUGUCGACUUUGAGUGAAGGUUAGGAGCCAUUUUUAGUUUUUAACCUCAUGUUGUUAGUUUGCUACGACAGUUGAGUUUGAAAAAUUGUGGUGAAUUUGUUGAUAAUAUUGUGCCAAGGAUUUGUGAUGAAAGUGGUGUUGUGCGUAUUGUCGUUUUCGAUUUGAACACGGAUAGUUGUUUGAGUUCACGCCAACUUCUCGUCUUGGAUUAUUUUUGUGAAGACUGAAAAACCUCUUCUAAUUUAUCAUGAGUGCUCAAGUUUUUAAUCCGAUGGCAAUUUCGGAAUUCCGAAGGCUAGUCAGUCAUCCGAACAACAAUAACAACAGCAGCAUAGACAGGAUACGUCGAAAUCUGUUUGGUCCCGUAGAUCGAGAUGAGAGUCGUGCGCUAGCUGAACGUGAGCUGGCAAAAAUUCGUCGCAUCGAUAUGGAAAAUUGGAGUUUUGAUUUUGCUAAAGAAGAACCUGUCAACGGGCCUGAUUCGAAGUUUGUUUGGGAAAGAUUAACGCCCCAAGAUGUACAUGAAUCAUAUGCGUUGCGGCGAUUCGAAUAUCUUGGCAUGGCUGCUACUACCACAAACAAGACCACUGUCUCAAGUAUGCCGGCUUCAGACGCUGUUUCAACGUCAGAAAGAACAAAAUCGCAACAACAAAAACAAAUUACCGAUUAUUUCCUGGCCGCACGACGACGCCCUUCAUCGCUGAGUCUCUCCAGCAACUCGAAGAAAUUAUCCAAGUCUUCAAAACCGAUUCUCCGUUCGCUGCGACUCUCCAGCCAGGUUAUGUCGUCGAAAAAGUCGAGCCGAGUGACGUCUUCACCAGCGUCCGCUAUCCGCCGAAGCUAGAAGAUCUCCUGGAUACAUUCUUCUACAAAAAUACUUUGUAAACUAUGAUAGAUACACUAAA